GGUUGCAUGCAUGUGUCAUCCUAACCUCAUGCACUUUUUCGUAUGUACAUAUACAUACAUAUAUAUAUAUUAUUAAAUAUAUAUAUAGCAAAGUUCGUAGCUAAAUUCAUAGUGAUUUCUAAUGUGCAAUCGUUAAUCGACGUGUUUUGCGAGAUAUCGAUAUUAAACGUCAAAGCGAAGAUGGCGUGUAUUUAUAUUGUGUCUGGUUUUUAAACUUUAUUUGAAUUUUAUCGAAAAGUGACAGGAAGAUAGGAUACAGUUAUUCGAUAUAUCGUCCGAAUAAUUCAAGAUCGUAUUAAGAAUAUUUCAUUGAAUUGGAAUGUUAAAACAUAUUUCGAAACGUCACGUGCGAUUUUGUCCACAAGGGGCAUUUUAUACUUAACCUAUUCUCGUGUGAACCUUGAACCGUAGUAGUGUUUAAAUUGAUUCUAUGUAGAGUAGAUCUCUGAUAAGUCUUAAAGAUUACAUUAAUUUGUUGAUUUCAAAUUAUUUUUUAUUUGUCGAACCAUCGCAGGACUUCGAUUUAUUUAAACAAUCAAAGGGAGGAGAGUCAAAAAGCUUGUGUUUGAAAUUAAACUUGAUAUUUAUUAUUUAUCAAAACACACAUAUUUGGGAUACUUUUUGUAAUCAACAGAAUAAACUUCCUUUGAAUGUAGAAAAUAUUAGUAUUUGGGUGAAAUGCCAAAAAUAAAAACCAAACAAACAUCUAACAAUUUAUGGAUAAGACAACGCGAACUUGGCAUAACGUUUCCUCUUGGACAUAAUGAUCGUUUUCACAAAACUCUUUACUCAUCCAUUUUUCCCAUAACAUCUUGGGAUCAUGGAGACAACUUGGCUGUCGCUAGACAUGGCGGUGUCUUUAAUUUGGAAUAUUCUCCUGACGGAUCACUUUUACUGGCAGCAUGCGAGAAGAAAAGUAUUUUGAUGUUCGAUCCAUUAUGUAGAAAAUUAAUACGAGCAAUAGAUAAUGCUCAUAAUGAUUGUGUUAAUUGUGUCAGAUUCCUAGAUCAGCGUAUGUUUGCUACCUGUUCCGAUGAUAGUACCGUUGCUCUUUGGGAUGCCAGAAACUUGAAGCAGAGAAUAAGAACUUUACAGGGACAUUCUAAUUGGGUUAAAAAUAUAGAAUAUAGCCCUAAGGAUGGCUUAUUAUUAACUAGUGGGUUUGAUGGUAGUAUAUAUACUUGGGAUAUUAAUAGUUUUACUGAAAAUAAUUUUCUUUAUAAACGCGUCUUUCACACUAAUGGAUUGAUGCGAACGAGACUUAGUCCUGAUGCUAGUAAAAUGUUAAUAUGUACUACAUCUGGAUAUCUUAUCAUUAUACAUAAUCUUCAAUUAAGUACGCUUUCUGAUGAUUUGGCUGGAUUCAAGGUAUUUGAUCCUAACAUGUAUCGACUGAUGCAAUUAUCUCAAACCACUAUACCUAUUGCUGCCACUUUUACACAUUUAUUUUCUCAUUCACGUAAACAUAACAGAGUAGAAUUCUUAACGGAUUUUCCUGCAGGAGACGAUGCAGAAGUGAUCUCUAGUCUUCAAGUACAUCCGCAAGGAUGGUGUGCCUUGUCCCGGAAUAUCAGUAACGGAGAAAAGUCAGAGUGGACUUGUGUUCAUGAUAUUCAAGAAAGAGACAUGUCAGAAUGUAUAGAUCAAGUGAAAGAAGCCGAAGAAACAUCUCAAUUAAAUGAAUCAACUAUCGAAGAAUUUGAAGAUUCACAACAACCGCAAUCUUCACGUUCAGGAAUUACGUCGUCCUUCGUGAUUGAGAGCGCAAAUCGUGCAAGAGUUGUUCACACCGUAUCCGAUGUAAGACCAAAUUCGUUUGUCUCAACAGAAAAUUCACAACCGAUAACACCGUUAAGAGCCAUGAGUUGGCGAGAAAGUUCACGUCGUAACGUACGUGUUGUGCAAUCAAGAAGUCCAAGGCCGGAAAGGAAUUUUGUCAGGACGAAUUUUGGUUUUAUCGAGGUCAAUUCGAAUUUAGAUGCUAACGUUUCUCGAAUGAACGCGAAUCAAGAUGAGGACAGACAAGAUAGUAGAUAUAUUAUUGGUACGGAAGAUAAUAGCGAAGGAGCGAAUGAUGAUUCGGUGGAUAAUCGAGACAGAGAUGGGGAACAAGAAUACAGAUCGCAAAGAUCGAAUUCACAAUUGAACGAUCUAAGAAGACGCAAUGGAAUGAAUAAUUUUCCUCCUGCCAAUGUAGAAUUGUACGUAAACAACAGUGACGUUUGGGAAGCUCUCGUGGCAAUAAGGGAAGCAAGAAAUCGAAGGGACCGCGAGAGAGAAUCUUAUCCGACUGCUGAGAGAAGUGACUGGAUUGCUAGAGCUAGUAAUGGCGUGAGCGUUAAUAUUCCUCGUUCAUCUCAUACCGUAGUCAUUAUCGGUGAUAGAACUAGAACGCAAAUUCCAAAUAGACAGGGCCAACAAAUGAUGUACGCGAUACCGAGAAAUCAUAAGAUACAUCAGAAUACUUCUAGGUUGACUCAUUAUAUACAAGAACCAAACGUCGGUUCUGGUUAUAUCAAAGAAUUAUGUUUUUCCGCAGACGGUAGAUUAAUAUGUUCUCCUUUUGGUUACGGCGUUAGAUUCUUAGCAUUUUCCAACGAUUGUGCCGAAUUAUCAAAUUGCGUUCCUCCGGCUCAAGAGCCUGUGCAACUUAGCGAAGUAACUACUAGCUUCAGUCACACCGACAUCGUAGUUAGUACGAAAUUUUCACCAAAGCAUUGCUUGGUUGUAUCCGGUUGUUUAAGCGGAAAAAUAGUUUGGCAUCAGCCUGUACUUUAGUUGAAUCUUAAGUUUACGGCUGAAUUUACUAUUAUCACAAAAUAUUAGAGGAAUUGUGGCUUCUUUUUCAUAGAUCCGUUUUUUCUUUUGUCGUUUGUUUUAUACUAAAGCAACGUCCACUUCAUUGAUUUCAUUUCUUUCUUUUUCCUCCUCUCAUUUAUUUAUUUUUUGUUUUUUUUUUGUUUUUAAACAAU